AUGAACGAGAUGUGGAUAUUACCUGUUGAAGCAGUUAUAAAUGGAGGAUUAGCAUUUAUUGUGGCGUAUGUGAUCAUACUUGUGCUAUUCGUACAUCCCACCCUAUUUCUUGUUUUAUUUGUUUCACAAUGUACACAAAGAGGAUUGGUAAAUGUGUUUCAUUUGUAUGGUCGUGUAUGCAGAGGGUUUGGUUAUGGCUACGUAGUACUAAUUUUCAUGGCUCAAAUGAGUAUAUUCCAUCAGGGACAACUUCUUAUCAAACAUGGUACUGUUGUGUACAACGACAGUCUAUCUAUUGGUAUCUGUAGUGAAAACUUUGUGAAAAACUGGCACGAAUGCUCCUCGGUUUUUUUGGAUACUCACUGCAGGGCAGCUAAGAUGAACUCCAACUUCUAUGCUGAAGGAUUCUGUUGGAACAGACCAAUGAAGUCAGCGAAAAUAAGCAACUCGGCCAAUUCCUACGUGAGAUAUAUCACAGAAGAACGUGGUGGUGACGGUAUCGAUUUUCCGAUGCUUGGGCGCAGUGCUGCAUUGCUAGCAGUUGUGACUUUGUUGGCUAUGAAUGGACCUUCGCUUCUUAUCGCUCUUUUAGCCAUUUUAGCGGUGAUAUUCCUCAUAAUGGCAAUACUCGACAACGUUCACAUUUUCACUAGUGGCGCGUUCUCUAAACUAAAUGCUCUGACAGAUUUCCGUCUUCUUGGAGAUCCUGAGGACGUUCUAGUCCAUCCGUCUUAUGUGCCAACACGCAGUGAACAACCUUUUCCAGGUGUGGAUCAUAGCUUUCCGGCUGGCGUUCUCGGCAUCGGGGUUGGGAGAAGUGACAGUAUUCUGCAUGUCAUCAUUUCGAAACCCUCGUGGGAACUGUUUUACGAUCUUAUGUACUACCCUGGACUGAUGGCAGAAGUUUACAGUAUGUUCAAGAACUAUUCUAGCCAAUUAUUUGAUCACGCCGAAUGGAUGUUGAUAUAUCAUAUUACUACCUCUUUCGCUGCAUUCUUCAUGAUCUUGGCUAUAGCACGGAAGCAGGGAGCUAAUAAGUAUAUUGAAAGAGCCAUUUUUGUCGCAGCCUAUGCGAUAGUCUGCAUGUUCUACUUCCUUAUCAUGUCGUUAGAGAUCAUUCAAAUAUACGAUUUGAUCGUAAUAGUUUCAUUGGAACAAGAGAAGAUCGAUUUAUUGAUAUCACAGAACAAAACCAACGAUGUAGUUCAAGAAUGUCUUUCGAUAGUGUUGGCCCUGGUUCCCAUACUUCUACCAGUGUUCUUCUUCUUUUACGCAUGGUUCAGGAAGAAGGGUAAGCCCAAGGCAAGCUCCGAUGCUCAAAAGCCCACCCGGAGACGCCCAAAAGAUAAGAAAACAGGAAAAAAGAAAAGUAGCGACAAAAAAACAGAUGACCAUUCAGCAGACAAAGGCUCUGAUAGUUUAGAUGAAGAGUUCAAAAAAGAUGAAGGGAAGAUGUCUAGAGCUAGGUCAAGCACUGAUGCGUCCACUGCGUCGGGAAGUAAGGAAGGAGGACAUACAAGGCAAAAGAAUUCCUGA